UAUCUUAAAUUAUACAUAAUCUUAAUAAAAUAUACUUAUGUAUUUAAGACAACAACCAACCUAAAACGCAAAUAAGAAAAUUAAUCAAAAACUAAUAUAUUUACAAGAAAUAAAUAUUAUAGUUGAAUUCAAAUAAAUAGACAGAAUUCAAUAUGUCCAAAUAACAACUAAAUUGACUGUAAAAACAACAAAACUAAUUAGAUAAAUAUUUAAUUAAAGUAAUAUGAUAUAAUUAAUAUAAAUUAUGCAUACAAAUUAUAAAUUAAUUUAAAAUUAAAAAUAAAUAUCAAUUAAUUAUUACAUUAUAUUUAUUUUAUAAAUAUUUAUGUCCGUACAUGAGUUUGGAAAAAUCACCUAGUCAUAUUGUGAAACAAGAACAAAGAUGAUAUAUAUAAUGUAUUGUUUUUUUCAUUUUUUCCAAAACGGCAAAAAUUAAAUAGACUUGGGUGCUGACGGAAAAAAAAAAUAAAUAGACUUGAGCAAUGAAAGUCAAGGUGCUGUGACUCUCUCCCAGCCACAAGUUUAGAUACGCCAUCUUGUCUGACGUGGCAUCCUAACGACGUCCAUUCUCUCUCCGCCACUCUUUCGGCACGUGAUAGCUCCUAAAAUGGGUCCCACUCUUGCCCAAACCUCAGUCUUCUCAACGGUAACUUAUUUGCUCCCAUGAUCCCAUCUUGAAAACAAGCAUGAAGCUUUCUGAAUUAAAUAAAGGUUUGAUUUUUACGGUUUAGUUUAAAUUUAUUGAUAUUUUCAUCGGUUUUUUUUUUCACUCCUGAGGGCUACGUUAAGCGACUUGUUAAUCUAUUUUUCUUUCUGGUUUUUUUUUUUUUAGUUGGUGAUGUGUGGAGCAAUCAGGGAGCGUGAUUUGAGGUCGGUGACUCCAUCAUAUUUCUCGAGUCAUGUUUCAUCGGGACGACGAAGAGGUUACUAAUUUGAUAUGGGGUGAUGACAUUGACGGUGAGACAGGCGACCAUGUUGUGCCUUUUAAAUCAAGAAGUGAGCAACUUAAGAGGAAGGAACGGAGUGAAGAGUCUAAGCCGGCUGAGCAAAAGAUAACUGGGACUAAAAAUGACCUUCAUGAUAGUUAUCCGGGAAGCAGUUCAGGCUAUAUUGUUGGUGAAGGCUCAUGGUUUGACUUAUCGCUGUCUAAUGCCAGAGAAGCUGGUCCAGAUUCGAGUGCGGCUGAACUUUCUAAAUGCUUAGCUGAGCCAUCAAGAUAUAAUUCAAAGAGAGGUGAGAAAACGUCUGAGCUUGGGAAAGGUCAUGAUGUUUUUCAUAGCACUGACGAGAGUAAAGAGCAAGGUGAUUUUAAAGAAUAGGGCUGGGCUAACACUGGUAGCUUUGAUGAUCUCCAUCGAAUGUUCAGUAAUGAUGUCCCUAUAUUUGGCGAUGGCAGUAUAGAUGAGUUAUGGUCUUCUUCUAAAGAUGUAUCCAAUAAACCAUCAAAACCAUUACCACCAUUUCCAUUGACUGGAAACGCCAAUGGUCCCUCAUGCCAAAGUGUGCCAAGUGUACGAGUAACCCCAAAAUCUAAGAAGUGUCAUGAGCAUAAGGGUCAAACCUCACUUGAAGUAUCAUACAUGGCUACUUCUGGUUUUGGCUACAACCCUGCUACUGCUACCUCUGUAAACAUGGUAACAGAUGCCUCUGCAAUUGGUACAGCCCACAGUAAUAAGACUAGCCAGGAUAACCAGCAAGUUAUUCUUGAAGAAAAAUCCAGAUAUAGCACACGAGAGAGUUGCAUAAACACGCAGAAAUCAAAACAGGAAGAUAUACAUGCAGGUCCACUUGCUUUAGGGAAUGCAUCAAACUCUGGAUCCAGUAGUAGUGUUGGUGAGGGGCUUGUUGAAACGUCCCAAGGAAACAAAAGAAGGUUGUGAAGUUAUAUACAUUGAUAGAGUUCAAAUAUUUAUUUAUUGGUAACUAAUACUCAGGUGCUGCGUUUGUCUCACAACAUCGCUCUGCAUCUCUUGGAACAAUAUCCUCUUAACUCCUUUCAUAUGAAGCUCGUAUUGUUGAAGUUAGAUUUUUUUUUUUCUACUUGUUGAGAACCGCUUUGUAAUUACUCGUACCUCACUACAUUUCGAAUAAACUUUUGUUUGUUUGCUCUA